GAUGACCUAUAGGUCAAAUUUUGGUAUCUUGUAUUACUUUUAUGAUGCGAUGGAGGCAAGAGGCAAACUACAUGAUUUCAAACUCCCACCAGAAAGAAAACUUCGCUACCUUCGAGAUAAAAUUAGUGGCUAUUCGAACAGAUGUGCGUCAGAUAAAAGAAAUUAUCAUCGAGAAAAUAUCAAUAUAUUUGAGAAAAUCGACGAAAUUAUGAUUUUAAUGGAGUUUGAUGAUGCCGCUGAAUCAAUCUGGAAAACUUUAUCUGCUAUUUUACUAAUUGGAGAAAUAAGUUUCAUUAUAAAUACGGAUAAUGAAGCUGAUGUUGAUGACAUGAAAUUGUCAAACUUCGUUGCAGAGCAUCUGGGACUUGACCAGAAAAAGUUCGCUUGGUCAUUAACCAAUUAUUGUCUUAUAAGAAAAGGAGAAGCGAUCCGGCAUAAAUAUAUUUGUGAAGAAGCUCUUCUAGCUCGUGACAUUCUAGCAUGUACAUUAUAUCAAAGGCUUGUUGACUGGAUUAUUAAUUUUAUCAAUUUAAAACUCUCAGUCACUCGCACUUUAUUUGGCAGCAAAUAUUUAGUCAGCAUUUUAGAUUUUUUUGGGUUUGAAUGCUUUAAUUAUAAUAAAGUUGAACAGUUGAUUGUAAAUACCGUCAAUGAGCAACUACAAUGUUACUAUAAUCAAAGAGUCUUUAUAUGGGAAAUGACGUCACAUACCAAUCGGAGUAAGUUAAGUAUAGCAAGAAUAGCUUCCUAGGACUUUAAAGAUUAG